CCUCCAUCCUCCCUUCUGCCGGGGGCGCGGCGGAUGCGCUCGGCGUCCCUCCCCCGGCCCCGGAAGGAAGAGAAGAAGGAGAAAAAACGAAGAGCCGGUUGGACCCGGAGGCGCGUCGAGGAGGUUAGGUAACUGGGGACCCCCGCUGCCGGUGCCCCCGGCCCCCAUGUCCACGGAGAGCUCCCCUCUGCUCAGCUACCGCCUCUUCCGCGUCUGGGGCGAAGGGGAGAUGCCGGGGGUCGCGCAGGAGGAGGCCCCGCUGGUGGUGGGGGUCAUGGGGGGCUCCGGGGGGCCCCACCCCGACCCGGCCAGGCAGCUCUCCACCUUCUUCGGGGUCAUCGUGCCCACCGUCCUCUCCAUGUUCAGCAUCGUGGUCUUCAUGCGCAUCGGGUUCGUGGUGGGCCACGCGGGCUUCCUGCAGUCUCUCCUGAUGCUGGUGGUGGCCUACCUCAUCAUCUCCCUGACCGUCCUCUCCGUCUGCGCCAUCUCCACCAACGGGGCCGUCCAGGCCGGGGGCGCCUACUUCAUGAUUAGCCGGACGCUGGGCCCCGAGUUCGGGGGAAGCAUCGGCCUGAUGUUCUACCUGGCCAACGUCUGCGCUUGCGGGGUUUAUGUCCUGGGCCUGGUGGAAGCCAUUCUGGAUGACUUUGGAGCAGAUGGGUCGGUGCCACCAGGCUCGAAGGCCUUGCCCCAGGGCUACCUGUACAGCUUCUUAUAUGGCUCGGUGGUGCUCUUCCUCUGCCUGCUGGUCUGCCUGGUGGGCUCCCACAUCUACUCCCGGGCCGCCUUCUUCAUCUUCCUGGUGGUCAACCUGGUCCUGGUCACCAUCUUCGCCAGCUUCUUCGCCGUCUCCCCCAGGGAGAUCUCCAUCUCCCGUGACGGCAACCACAGCUUCAACGCCUCCUUCACUGGGUUCAACGUCUCCACCCUCCGAGACAACCUCUACGCCAUGUAUUCUCGCGAUUACACCACGAACAACAUGAUGUCCUUCGCCACCGUCUUUGCCGUCAUGUUCAACGGCUGCACAGGGAUCAUGGCAGGCUCCAACAUGUCAGGAGAACUGAAGAACGCCAGCAGCUCCAUCCCGAAGGGCACGAUCGUGGCCGUGGUCUACACCUUCGUCAUCUAUUUCUUCCUCUUCUUCAUGACCAGCUUCACCUGUGAGAGGGCGCUGCUGCAGGGCGACUACGGCUUCUUCCGCUCCAUCAACGUCUGGCCGCCUUUCGUCCUGGUGGGCAUCUACUCGGCCUCGCUCUCGGCCUCCAUGAGCAACCUCAUCGGCGCCUCCCGCAUCCUCCACGCUUUGGCCAAGGACGACCUCUUCGGGAUCGUCCUGGCGCCGGCCAAGAUCGUCUCCAAAGGAGGAAACCCCUGGGUGGCCGUCCUCUACACCUGGGGCCUGGUGCAGCUGGUGCUCUUGGUGGGGAAGCUCAACACCAUUGCCGGCAUCGUGACCGUCUUCUACCUCGUGGCCUAUGCUGCCGUGGACCUGGCCUGCCUGGCGCUGGAGUGGGCCUCUGCUCCCAACUUCCGGCCCACCUUCCAGCUCUUCUCGUGGCACACCUGCUUCCUGGGCAUCGUCUCCUGCCUGGUGAUGAUGUUCCUGAUCAGCCCGGCCGGGGCCUCGGGCAGCCUGGGCCUCAUGCUGCUCCUCCUGGGCUUCAUCCACCUCCGCUCGGCCGCCUCCUCCUGGGGCUACAUCAGCCAGGCCCUCAUCUUCCACCAGGUGCGGAAGUACUUGCUCCUCCUGGACAUCCGGAAAGACCACGUCAAGUUCUGGCGGCCGCAGAUCCUGCUGAUGGUGGCCAACCCUCGAGGUGGCUCCCAACUCAUGAAGUUCAUCAACCACCUCAAGAAGGGAGGCCUCUUUGUCCUGGGACACGUGGAGAUCGGGGACCUCGAUACCAUGCCCUCUGACCCCAUCCAGGCCCAUUAUAACUUCUGGCUGAGCCUGGUGGACAAGCUGAACAUCAAGGCCUUUGUGGACCUGACCCUCUCCCCGUCGGUCCGGCAAGGGACGCAGCACCUCCUGCGCAUCACCGGACUGGGUGGCAUGAAACCCAACACGCUGGUCCUGGGCUUCUACGAUGACUGUGUCCCGGAAGACUACUUCCUCCAAGACCCGGCCUUCAUCCAGGCGCGGGAGAACGACGAGUUCGGGGUGGACCUGGCGGCCCUGCAGGCCCAUUUCCCCCCCGUGCGCCCGGCGGAGAGUCCUCGGGCCCUGAGCCCGGCCGAGUACGUGGCCAUCAUCUCGGACGCGGUGAAGAUGCACAAGAACGUGUGCCUGGCGCGCUACUUCCACCUCUUGGAGAAGGACCAGCCUUCCUCGCCCUCCUCCUCCUCCUCCUCCUCUUCCUCCUCCUCCUCCUCCAGCUCCUCCAAGCGGCGUUUUGAGGGGCGCUACAUCGACGUGUGGCCCCUGAACCUGCUGCGGCCCCACACCCCGACCUACGUGGACAUCUGCAGCCUCUUCCUGCUCCAGAUGGCCUGCAUCCUGACCAUGGUCAGCUCCUGGAAGGCCGCCCGGCUGCGCAUCUUCCUCUGCGUGGAGUCCGGCGACGUGGGCUGGGUGGGCAAGGAGGAGAAGCUGCGGGAGCUGCUGACCAAGCUGCGCAUCAAGGCCACCAUCAAGAUUGUCACCUGGGACCAGGUGGUGGCCCUCAACGGACUCCAUCAACAGCAGCCCUCUGAGACGGAGGACUCGUCCCCCCCGCACGACGGGGAGACCUUCCUCAACGCGGCCACCACGUUCCACGUGACGGACGAGUACCUGUCCUCCGUCAACAGCCUGGUGCGGAAGCAGGGGGGGCAGACGGCCGUGCGCUUCCUCUACCUGCCGCGGCCCCCCGCCGACACCGCGCAGUACGAGCGCUACCUGGAGCAGCUGCGGAUCCUGACCACGGACCUGGGCCCCACCUUGCUCAUCCACGGCCUCACCCCCGUCACCUGCACCGAGCUCUGAGGGACGGGCCUGGAACGACAACUCCCAGGUUUCCCUUUGGCGGAUUGUGGGAGUCGGAGUCUUCCCUCCAUUCCUCCCUCCCUCCAGGAUUCUUCCAAAGACGGAUUUGCCUUCUGGGGCGAAACCUCUGUGUGGUCAAAAGAAACGUUCUGCUGCGUUUGGAAACGGAGGAGAGGGAAAGAAAGGGUGCCUUGUCUUUGCAGCAGACUUCACCGAGAACCCAUUUGGGGGAUGCUUUGGAGAGCCAUGGCUUUCGGCUGUUACAAAGUGCUUCACAAACCUUGGUUUGGUCCAGACAUUUCAGUUGGACGAAGAAGAGCUUCCCAUGCUGUGAGAUGGGUCUCUUUGUCCCUUGGUUUGGGACAUGAUCUAUGCCUUCCACGGCCUGGCAUCGUAGCAGAAAUCACUGAGCUUUGGAUCUGGUUGCAGGACAACACAGUUUUCUCACGUCUGGGGCCAAGGGGGGCCUUCAAUACCUUCCAGCCUUGCUUUGCAGGACUUCUCUUUAAAUCUGUUUCUUUUUUCAUAUUAUUUUGCUCAUUAGUUCCAGAGAGCAUGGCUCUUCCUUCCACUGGGUAUCUCUCGGAGGAGAAAAAAGGCUGUCUCUCCUCAUCUUGGUGGCGGAUUCUUAAGAAAUGUGCCCAAUUCUGGAGCUUUUGGCUUUGUGGUUCCUCUUACAUCUAGAGUAAGACCAUUCUCAUGCCUUCAUUCCUUAAGCAGAACAAAGAAAAGAGGAGGUGAAUGGUGUCUUGCUCCGUUUUCUUAACUCACAUUGCCUUGAUUCAAAGAAAGCCAAAUCUUCCAAUAGGCCAAUAAUAAUAAUAACAGAAAUAACUAACAGCACUUGUCCAAGUUAUGACGAUAUCGGGCCUUGUUUACUAUGGUUCCCCAGUCCAGAUUUUUCAAAGCAGUAGAUUUGGGGAGUUGGUCCAUGAAGAGUUUCCCAAACCGUGAGAUCCUCCAAAAAUAAAUAACUAAAAGCACUUGUCCAAGUUAUGACGAUAUCUGGCCUUGUUUACUAUGGUUCCCAGGUCCAGAUUUUUCAAAGCAGUAGAUUUGGGGAGUUAAUCCAUGAAUAGUUUCCCAAAACAUUAGAUCCUCCAAAAAUAAAUAACUAAAAGCACUUGUCCAAAUUAUGACAAUAGCUGGCCUUGUUUACUACAGUUCCCAGGUCCAGAUUUUUCAAAGCAGUGGAUUUGGGGAGUUGGUCCAUGAAGUUUCCCAAACCGUGAGAUCCUCCAAAAAUAAAUAACUAAAAGCACUUGUCCAAGUUAUGACGAUAUCUGGCCUUGUUUACUAUGGUUCCCAGGUCCAGAUUUUUCAAAGCAGUAGAUUUGGGGAGUUAGUCCAUGAAUAGUUUCCCAAAACAUUAGAUCCUCCAAAAAUAAAUAACUAAAAGCACUUGUCCAAAUUAUGACAAUAUCUGGCCUUGUUUACUAUGGUUCCCAGGUCCAGAUUUUUCAAAGCAGUAGAUUUGGGGAGUUAAUCCAUGAAUAGUUUUCCCAAAACAUUAGAUCCUCCAAAAAUAAAUAACUAAAAGCACUUGUCCAAAUUAUGACAAUAGCUGGCCUUGUUUACUACAGUUCCCAGGUCCAGAUUUUUCAAAGCAGUGGAUUUGGGGAGUUGGUCCAUGAAGUUUCCCAAACCGUGAGAUCCUCCAAAAAUAAAUAACUAAAAGCACUUGUCCAAGUUAUGACGAUAUCUGGCCUUGUUUACUAUGGUUCCCAGGUCCAGAUUUUUCAAAGCAGUAGAUUUGGGGAGUUAGUCCAUGAAUAGUUUCCCAAAACAUUAGAUCCUCCAAAAAUAAAUAACUAAAAGCACUUGUCCAAAUUAUGACAAUAUCUGGCCUUGUUUACUAUGGUUCCCAGGUCCAGAUUUUUCAAAGCAGUAGAUUUGGGGAGUUAAUCCAUGAAUAGUUUCCCAAAACAUUAGAUCCUCCAAAAAUAAAUAACUAAAAGCACUUGUCCAAAUUAUGACAAUAGCUGGCCUUGUUUACUACAGUUCCCAGGUCCAGAUUUUUCAAAGCAGUGGAUUUGAUGAGUUGGUCCAUGAAGUUUCCCAAACUGUGAGAUCCUCCAAAAAUAAAUAACUAAAAGCACUUGUCCAAGUUAUGACAAUAUCUGGCCUUGUUUACUAUGGUUCCCAAGUCCAGAUUUUUCAAAGCAGUGGAUUUGGGGAGUUGCAGUCCAUAAAGUUUCCCAAACUCUGAGAUCCUCCAGAAAUGAAUGUCCAUCUUGUUUUGACGGACAGAUACGGGAUUUUCACAUAGAUGGACAGAUUUGGGAGCGGCCUCAGAGAAAACCCUGUUUCUUGUCCAUUUUGGCUUCAUUCUUGCAAAAUCAUGUGCGCCUCAGGAGGAAAGGAGGGAGGUUUCCAUUAAUUUCCCCAGCCUGUCAUUUUUCUAGCGUCUUCCCUUAAGUUGUCGAAGGCUUUCAUGGCCGGGAUCCACAGGGUUGUAUGUAUGGCCAUGUUCCAGAAGCAGCAGCACUCUCUCCUGACGUUUUGCCCACCUCUACGGCAGGCAUCCUCAGCCUCAGGCCCUUUCCUUUUCCCCCUCAGCCGCUUAAGCGGCUGAGGGGGAAAAGGAAGGGGCCUGAGGCUGAGGAUGCCUGCCCUAAGGGUGGGUGAAACGUCAGGAGAGAGUGCUGCUGCUUCUGGAACAAAAGGUAGAACAACCUUGUCUUCCCUUAACUUUGCUAACAGCAGUUCUGAAAAAGGAGGGGGGUCUCUAAUAGUUGCCUCCAAAUACAAAAUCCCCCCCCCCCCGGGAGGUGCUUGGACUAAUCCUUAACGAGCAAAUUAAAUGUUUCAUUUAUUGGGGUUCGAUAGGGGGGAGGGGGAGUUUGUGAGAGUGGGUGGGUUUUGUGUGAAUGGGCCGCUGCGGUUUCCUCGUUUCGGGGAGUCCGGCUGCCACUUUGAGACUAACACUAACUCGGUAGUGGGGAAAAGGCAGGCGAUUUCUACUUUUUAAUGGAAGUGGGCAAUAAAAGUGAGACUUAUUUGAA